GACGAGAGUGCAGUAACUUUAUUAUGUUAUUCAUUUGACUGACAGACACCUAGAGGAAAACAUUCCAAAACUCGCUAGAAGUAAUGGAGUGUUAUUUGAAAUGGAAUUCUUUGAUACUAGUAGUUGCUUACUGUUUAUUUGUUACUGCCUUAGGAUUAGGAACCAACUAUAUAGGGAAUGAAGACCCAUUGUCUAUACCGUUGAUAAACGACAAAGGAGCACCACUGGUGGCCAUGCUAGAUACGAAAUCAAUUAAUAGAAAAAUGAAAGUUUACAUAAGAACACUUAUGAAAGAUAUGAUUCAAAGGACUAUACAAGAACAAAUGCAAGGUAUUUUUAAGACAGCAUUGGAAGAGAACUCGACCAUUGAAUUUAUCAGAAAUAUCACACUGCAGGAGAUAAAUGACGCAACGAUUACGAAACAUCAAGGUCAAGAAGGCAUAUCUUCACCACCACUUGCAAAGUAUAAAGACUGUACAGAGAUACAGAGACAAACAAAGAAAAAACUAGAUGAUGGUGUUUACAGUAUAUAUCCAGGGGGAGAUAAUCCUGUUCAGGCGUACUGCGACAUGACCACAGAUGGGGGAGGAUGGACGGUUAUGUUAAAACGAAAUAAUGGAUCAGUUAGUUUUAAACGUAGAUGGAUUGAAUGCGAAAAUGGAUUUGGUGAUAUACAUGCCGAAUUCUGGUUUUGCAACAAAUACACCAAUAUGUUGACAUCUAGUGAAAAGUAUGAGCUGAGAGUAGACAUGGUUGACCCAGGCAGCCAGAAGACAUACGCAGUAUAUAAAACCUUUGUUGUCGGAGACGCUGCAUCGAAGUACAAACUAACUGUUGGUGACUACUCUGGAAAUGCAGGUGAUCGGCUAAAAUAUCACAAUGGUAAGAAAUUUACAACUAUUGACCAGGACAACGACACAUACGACAAAAUCAACUGUGCAGUGAACAACGGAGGAUCCUGGUGGUAUUAUAAAUGUUCCGCUUGUGACCUAAGUCGUACUAAUGGUAACCUGUACUGGGCUGGUACAGUAUCGAAAGCAGUUAUGAUGAUCAGAAAAAUAUAA